AUGGCAGAAUCAGUCUAUUCAAACUACCCGCCCGAGUUGUCCCCAGCUCAACAGAAGUUUCUUGUCACAUAUGUGAAAGAUUGGGCCAUCCAGAAUGGUCUUGCUGUUCGUCCUUCCUCGGCGAUCAUCCCAAAUGGAGCAGAUACCAAUGGAGUGUUGGCAACGAAUGCGCCGGUGACAUUGUUCCCCAGUCCAUUCCCCAGAAGUUGCUUUGAGGAAGCGACUGCUCUGCAAGAGAUCUACAACGAACUCUAUGCUAAUAUCACGUGUGAUGAAAAAUGGCUGGGGCAGGUUGUGGAAGAGCUUAUUGAAGUCGAUGACUUUGUGUCGAACUUGUGGAAAGUUCACCUGGACGUUCAAAAGGAGGGAUAUGUUCAGAACUUGUCACUGGGUCUCUUCCGGUCCGAUUACAUGGCCCAUGUUCUUCCUACAGGAGCCACAGCUCUAAAGCAAGUUGAGUUCAACACGAUUUCGUCAUCGUUUGGAGGUCUUUCAGCUCGUGUGCGACAAUUGCACACUGAGCUUCUUUCCUCGCCGCCAGGUCCAUCAGUCAACUAUCCACCCCAUCCGUUGCUGCAAUCAGAGGUUCCACCGGAGAAUCCUGCAGUGGAAACCCUCUCAGCAGGCUUGGCAGCUGCCCAUACGGCUUAUGGAGUAUCCAAGUCCAGGCCGGCCCUUCCUCUUUGUGUUCUCUUUGUAGUCCAGGAAGCAGAACGGAACGUCUUUGAUCAACAUGCGCUCUCGAGACAGCUCCAGACAGUCCACAACAUCCCAGUGUUCCGUGUCUCCAGCGUGGACAUACUGGAUCAGACGUCCAUUCCCAGCUCGAACUCUGCACGGCCAUUGCUUUACCAGCCCCCUCACUCUCCCGACUCAACUUUCGAGGUAACAACUGUCUAUCUUCGGGCUUACUAUUCACCAGACGAAUACAAAUCCAAUCGCGACUGGGAGGCAAGGACUCACUUGGAGCGUUCGGCCGCGAUCAAGUGUCCCACGGUACUCAAUCAGUUGUCUGGGUGCAAGAAAGUUCAACAGGUGCUGGCAGAGCCGGCAGGUCCUGACCAUCUCUCAAACUUCUUGAAGGGCGUUGAUAAGGCGCUUGUUGAACGGGUUCGGGACACUUUUGCCCCGCAAUAUGACCUGUCGAGUGGAAGUCAAGGCCGCACUCUGGCCCUCAAUCCAGAGACGGCUCAAAACCACGUGCUUAAGCCCCAACGUGAGGGGGGUGGCAAUAACAUCUACAAAUCUGAUAUUCCAGACUUUCUGCGCUCCAUGCCAGAAUCUGAUUGGAGGGGUUGGGUGCUUAUGGAACUCAUCAAUCCUGCACCCAAUGCCCAAAAUGUCGCCUUACGCAAUGAUGGCGAGGUUCUUCGUGGGAAUGUUAUCUCAGAGCUUGGUGUCUAUGGUACCAUCCUUUGGGAUAGCACUGGGAAGGUUUUCCACAAUGAACAAGGUGGAUAUCUGCUGAGGACCAAGGGGAAAGAAGUGAAUGAAGGUGGCGUAGCCGCAGGUUUCUCCAGCUUGGACAGUGCUCUUUUGUUCUAA